CGUAACGGGUUAGGGAAUAAAAAGCACUCCCAAAAACUCAUCACAGUCAUCGUCCCCAACACUACGCCACGCCAGACAACGUCACCGACGAUCAAUGGCUCUCAGAUCAAGUGGCCGUAAAUUAUCCUUCAAUAUUCUCACGGCCUCCGCCGACGACGACGGCGACGACCUUGACUGGUUAUCCACUGCAGGCCCUGCUCUUUUCCGAUCCAAAUCUGAUCCUCCCCGACCGCCUCCGGUAGACGAUGCUUUAAACCCUCCCUGCAGCCACACAAAAACCCGCAAAAAGAGGAAGAAGAAUCAGAAGAAGGCGUUUGAAUAUUCUCCGAUUUCCGAGAAUUCGACCGUGGACGAACCUAUACGCGGUGGCUCUCCUGUUGAGCCGUUAAAUUUCGAUAGCAUGCGUUAUAAUGGCAGUUUUUUGCAGAGCAGUGUCGUAGUUUGUGAGGAAGUAGCGGCUACGGGGUCCCCAAGGGAGGUGCCUGAUAGUAAUUGUACUGUGAGCUCAAUAUUAGGGCCGCAGUAUAGCGAACUCCGGCAGAGGAGUACGGUUCUAAGUGGAGCGUGCGAAGAGGGAGUGGCGUCAUUUCCAGUUAGCAAGGAAAGCGAGAGCAAUGGAGAUGGCGGGAGCGCAGUGGAGAAAGUGGAUCCUAUGACGAGAGUGGAAAUGAUGAAUGGGGAUGGGGGUGUGGGGAGGAAUUUGGAAAAGGAAGUCUCGUUGGACUGGAAGAGAUUGAUGGCUGAAGAUCAGAACCAUGAGUUUCAUGUGGAAAAGUCACCAAUGAAGUUCUUAGCUGAAGAGAUGUCUGCCGGAAAUUCUUUAAAAAACACAAUCUGCCUUGGUAAUGAGAAAGAACGGGAGAGAGUUUAUGACACUAUAUUCCACCUACCUUGGAGGUGUGAACUGCUCAUAAAUGUGGGGUUUUUUGUCUGCUUGGAUUCGUUUCUCUCACUUCUAACUAUUAUGCCAACAAGGAUCAUCACGACCUUCUGGAAGAUUUUGAAAUCUAGGCAGUUAAAUAGGCCUUCCACUGCUGAGCUUUGUGAUUUUGGCUGUUUUGUUGCACUGAUUAUUGGAGUGACCCUAUUACAGCAAACAGAUAUUAGCUUAAUCUAUCACAUGAUUCGUGGUCAAGGGACAAUCAAGCUUUAUGUGGUGUACAAUGUGCUGGAGAUAUUUGAUAAGCUUUUCCAAAGUUUUGGAGGAGACGUAAUGCAAACACUAUUUACUACUGCUGAAGAUCUAGCAACUUGUUCACCAGAAAACAUGCAACUCUGGCUGUGGAGAUUCAUCUCAGAUGAAAUCAUAGCUGUGACAACAUCAAUUAUUCAUUCCUUCAUCUUGUUAGCUCAGGCCAUUACUAUGUCAACUUGCAUAGUUGCUCACAACAAUGCAUUAUUUGCAUUGCUUGUGUCUAACAACUUCACGGAGAUAAAAAGUAACGUGUUCAAACGAUACAGUAAGGAUAAUGUUCACAAUCUAGUAUAUUCUGAUGCUGUUGAGCGGUUCCACAUUUCUGCAUUUCUAUUGUUUGUUUUAGCUCAAAACAUCCUGGAGGCUGAAGGACCUUGGCUUCAAAGUUUCCUUUAUAAUGCCCUUGUUGUGUACAUAUGUGAAAUGAUGAUUGAUAUAAUUAAACAUUCUUUUAUUGCGAAGUUCAACAACAUAAAGCCCAUGGCAUUUUCAGAAUUUCUUGAAGAUCUUUGCAAGCAGACUUGGAACCAGCCGGAGAAUGCAAAGAAUAACCUUGUUUUCAUUCCUCUAGCACCAGCUUGUGUGGUAAUUCGAGUGCUACGCCCAGUUUAUGCUGCUCAUCUGCCACAUAAUCCUCUUCCUUGGAGAUUGUUUUGGAUUCUUCUCCUGUCUGCCUUGACCUUUAUCAUGCUUUUGAGUCUCAAAAUAUUGGUUGGUAUGGGAUUGAAGAAGCAUGCAAGGUGGUAUAUAAAGAGGUGCCAGCGAAGGAAAAAGCUUCAUAGUGAUUGAUCUUUUUAUUUUAUAUACUUUCACAAGAACUGAUCUUAAUCAACAAACAAGACGGGUCCCCUUAGGCGAUGAGGAUUGGGAAACCAAAAAAAAAGAAAAAAAAAAAAAAGAAGAAACACCUCGGUGUUGAGAGUUACUUGAAGUUCGCAUUCUGAUCAGAGUAGUAUGGUAAUAUAUAAGAGCUUGUGCUUAACCAACAUGAUAGUUGCAUAUGGAAGAUUUUGAUGCAAAGCCAAAGGCCAAAUCUUGUAUAUGCUUCAAAUUUUGAAUCAACUGCGGUAGUUGUGAAUAUACAUAAUUGAUAGAGAAUACUACUGAGGGAUGAUAAAGGAGAAUAUUUUAUGUUACUUUUUGUGCUCAUUUGGUAAUUUAUAGUGCAAUUUGGACAAGUUGAUCCAGUUUUGCCACUUUUUA